GUGUAAGUAAAAAACAGUGAAAACAUGUUUCAUAUUCCAAAACCAAAAAAAUUAAAAUUCUUUUUCUCUCCUUUGUCCCAACGUAACCGCAAGAAAACCCAAUAGUGUUGUUUUCUUUCAAAUUUUCAACCCAACAAUUUCUUCCUUGUUUCUCAUCACACUCCCACUUCACAAUCUUCAAACUCUUCAUCACAUGCAUUUCUCACACUCCUUUGAUACCGUUAACUUUCCGACCAAUCCCUACCGUGAUCGUCAUCGUCGCCGCCGUAUUACGGCGGAGGAGGAGUAAAUAAAUGCGUGUUACAGUCGAUCUAGGGUUUUAUUCUUUCCUUUUCAUCGCUUUAUUCUGCGUUGUGUUGCCGGUGAUUGGAUUCUUCAUACGUUACAAGUGGCGCCGUGCGGCAGAGAGGGCGGAGGAGGUUAGGAGAUUGUUGAUUUUCGCGGCCGAGGAGUCUGCUAGGGUUGAGCGUGAGGCGGCAACUUCGUAUCAAUAUGUCACCGCUGCGAAUUCGUAUCAAAUUCAAAACGAUGCCGUUCCAGCUUCGUAUCAAUAUGUGAACAAGAAUUUGUAUCAAAACGUUGCUGUUUCGGUUGCUAAGAAUAAGAAUAAGAAUAAUCAAUGUGCUGUGUGUUUCUCUCCCACUACAACGCGGUGUUCAAAGUGCAAAUUGGUUCAUUACUGUUCUGCUAAGUGUCAAUUUGCUCAUUGGCGUCAAGGUCACAAAGACAAAUGCCAUCCUCCCGGUACAGCUCGCCAGAGCCAGGCUGAUAAUCUGGAAUGCGAUAUUGGUAAGAAGGUAGUUGAGCCAGACCACCGUGGAAUCAAUGAUGAGAAGUCUCGGGUUGAAAGCCCAGAAGAUAGAACAUCCUCUGAGAAACCUCCAUUCUCUGAUGUAAAACCUCCCAAAAUUUCAUGUGCAGCGAAUGAUAAUGCAAGGGUUGAGUCUCUUGCAGAGGAGAAUACUGCAGACUCUAAUUCUGAAUUAUCAUGCAACUCAUUUUCUGGAUUCUCUGCUUCCACUGGUGCUAACGAGUCAUCUGAUGAUUCAUCUGGUUGUGAGAGUAUCAUCUCAAAUGAACAUGUUAGAUCCGAGGGACAUAUUUGUACUGACCCCACUUUUGACGACUUGGACAACACAUCAAAUGGUCAUAGCAUCGGUGCAACCAUCCCAUUGUCACCUAAGUUUGCUAGUUUGGUUGAUUCAGUUAUACCUGUUUUUGGUAAAGAAGAGAUUAAGCUCACAUCAAACGGUAGAUCAGGUUUGACGACGCAGAAAGGGGGAACAACAGAACCUUCUAAUGCGUCUUCUGAAUUUUGGAAUUGCACUCUUGAUUUAAAGGGGACAAAAGAUGACUCUUUUGCUGACACUCUUCCAUCUCACUCUAAUGAAUCUCGUACGAAGUCUGUUGGGAAAAAUAUUCCACAUGCAGGAUCAGGAUCAGGAUCUUUUCAGAACGAAGGUCUUGUCUCUUCACGUCGUGCAGAUGCUUCAAGCAUCAAUAACUCAUACACUGUUGCCUCUAAGGUAUCAAAUCAUGUUACAAUCAACCCCAGAAGCAGCUUGAGAUCUACUGAAGUUAGUUGUUUUCCUCGAACAUCUGCUGAUUCUAAGUUAGUUUCAAAAGAUGAAGAGGAGGAACAUAUACAUUACAGUUCAAAAUGUAAGAAAAAUGGUACCCGUUCUGGCACUGCUUGUCCAGUCCAGGUUGCUAACUGUUCUCCAAAUUCUAAGGAUGGCCUUAAAGCAUCUGUUCUGAAAGUUGUUGAUCACGAUCAAUUUAGAGGAUCAAAUUUGUCCAAACACUUUCCAGUAGCUGUUGGGGGUGAUAUUGCUGGAAAAUACAGUGACAAGGGUCUUUUUCCAUAUGAUCUGUUUGUCAAGCUUUAUAACUGGAACAGAGCGGAGUUUCAACCAUUUGGUCUUACGAAUUGUGGAAACAGCUGUUAUGCAAAUGCUGUACUCCAGUGCUUGGUAUUUACACCACCGUUGACCGCAUAUUUGCUUCAAGGACUUCAUUCUAAAUCAUGUGCAAGUAAAAAAUGGUGUUUCACCUGCGAGUUUGAAAGUUUGAUUUUGAAGUCAAAAGACACAAAAUUUCCCCUCUCACCUAUAGGCAUACUCUCUCAACUACAGAGUAUUGGAAGUCAACUUGGUAAUGGAAGAGAAGAGGAUGCACAUGAAUUUCUAAGGCAUGUAGUUGAAACAAUGCAAUCUGUUUGCCUUAUGGAAUGUGGGGUUGAUGCAUCAGAUGCAUUAAAAGAGCAAACUAAUUUAGUUGGUCUUACCUUUGGAGGCUACCUACGCUCGAAGAUACAAUGCAUGAAAUGUGGAGGGAAAUCUGAGCGCCAAGAAAGGAUGAUGGAUUUAACUGUUGAGAUAGAAGGGGAGAUAACAUCUCUGGAGGAAGCCCUUAAACAAUUUACGAGCACCGAGACUCUGGAUGGAGAAAACAAAUACCAUUGUGGCAGAUGUAAAUCUUAUGAGAAGGCCAAGAAGCAAAUGGCAGUUUCAGAGGCACCUAAUGUUCUAACAAUUGCAUUGAAGAGAUUUCGGUCUGGAAAAUUUGGGAAGCUUAAUAAGUCAAUUCGGUUUCCAGAAAUACUUGACUUGGCACCCUUCAUGAGUGGGACUAGUGAUCUGGCCAUAUACAGGCUGUAUGGGGUCGUUGUACACCUGGAUACCAUGAACGCUGCUUUUUCAGGUCACUACGUGGGUUAUGUGAAGAAUUUCCAGAACAGUUGGUUCAAGGUUGAUGACAGUGUGGUGACACCUGUUGAAUUGGAAACAGUCUUGACUAAAGGCGCAUACAUGCUUCUUUAUGCAAGGUGCUCACCUAGGGCUCCAAGAUUAAUCAGGGACAUGAUAGUGUCCUCGGAUUCAAAAAGCAAAGUCAAUGGAAAAUCUGUCAUAAUGAAGCACAAACAUGCAUCUUCACAUUCUGGUUCUGCUGAACGGAUCAUGUCUAAUUCAAUUUCUUCAUGCGGUUUACCCACUUUAGAGACUAUCCAUUCCAAGUUUCAUCACAUGAAAAGCAUCAUGGAAGAAGACUCAUCAAGUGAUAAUUCAUCCCUUAUCAGCAACAAUUCCGAUGAAUGUUCUUGCAGCACCGAUAGCACAUGUGAUUCAACAGGUACCGACGAAUUUGCUGAUUAUAUUUUUGGUAACUCAGUACGAGGCGGGGGUGGCGAUUCCUGCACAAGUUCGAGGGUGGACAUAGACAGUCAUUUGUAUAGGAGAAGACCGGUGAAUGUUGAAAGGAGUGAGGGAGGUGUUUCUCAUUUGCAUCAUAACACAAGUAUAGAGCAUAGGAAAUUAGAUACAUGUAGGAGUAGUAGUAGUUUUAGGGAGAGUGAUUCUUUUGAGAGAGCAGGAUCCAAUCAUUUUAGUCAUAUAAAUUCUGGUGUAUCAUAUAGAAAGACAAGAGAAAGAAAGGAUUGAAAUAUUUGAGUACCAUACAAAAGUUGGGAGCCCCUAAGUAAUAAAUAAUAGUGGGGAUUUUCUCUAUACUAUGAUUUUUUGGAGAUAGUUUUCUUUUACAGGUUGAUUUUAAAAUUCA